CCAAACAGGUUAGCGUCUCAGGGCCUGGUGUCUGUCAGCCUUACCAGCAUGGCAGUUUGAAACAGCCACAGUAAAAGGCCCCCACGUGAAAGGCAUCAUCAUAUAUCAAACCGCUUCCUCCACGUUUCUUUCUGAGACCAUCUGUUUUACAAAAGUUGAAAAUUGGUGGUAUUCGUCGAGACAAUAUGAGCAAAUCAAGCGAAUCCGUCCUGUCAAUUCUCACCGGACAAUCCUGGUUCUGGGAUCCCAUGCAGAGCAAUGAGAUUAGGUUUCAUCCGAAUGGAGCUGGCCACUUGAUCUGUCGUUACGAAACACAAGUGUGGAUUAUGGCAGAGUUGCAUUGGAGAUCUCUGCGCCCAGCUUCUCUCGAGCAGGUUGCUGUGACCACCGCCGAUGGCCUUCUUAGCGAAUUCGAGAUUGAGAUCCGACUCUCCAAGCGACAGACUCCAGGAACUUAUGUUCCACCUGGCCGCCGCAUCAACGAAGCUCUACUCACCGACGAGGCUUUUGAGCCCAAGCUUUUCACCGUACGAUUGGAACGAGGAUCAUUCCUUACGCAACAUGAUAGAGCGGGUGACAGACAAGGUGGAGAUGCCUCAAAAUGGGCCAUGCGUCUGGUCUUUGACAAGUCUCCUUAUCCCCAGCCCGAGGAGUGGAAAGAGAUGACCAGCAGUCUUCAGGCGCAUAAGAUGUGGGAGUGGAAUGAAUUUUGCAGCCAUCAGCUGCCUGAGAAGGGUCUUCUGGCAGCGACUUGGUCAAAGCUGAGGGAAUCAUUUGUCUCCUGAUGAUCUAUGAGAGAAUAAGUUUAAAUUUGUCAGAAAAUAAUUACAAGAAUUCAAUGAACAGCGACUAGGCUAUACAUCGACGGCUCAAUUUCCCUAGACCGUUCUGACUCCACAAUGACCACUCCUCCAUAUCCGCACCCCUUCCACAGUCUUGGUCGUCAUUUGGCUCUGCUCAUCCU